AUGCUUGUACACAUGGCUGACGAAUUGCAAAACACUUCCCAAUUCUUCGCCGUUUUACAAUUCCUCCGGGCCCGUUGGAUGCUCAGAUCCCUCGUCCAGGGCCUUACCUGUUUCACAGCGUCGGCAUGCAGAAUCAAUUUCCACAUUACGGGCGACCAGCAGUUCUUCCAUACCAAGUUCCUAUGCCACGUGCGUCACCCUCGACAAGCUCAGUCCCGAACAGCGAAAGCGAAAGCACAACGAACGAAGAAAAUCCACAGCCAGGAGCUACGAACAGGAACCGUAGCUCUAACUGAACAGACGCGGAGACAAGGUAUUUACUUGAAUUGUGGAGGGACUAUUUCCCAAUCAGCCAGAAAAGAAACAGCACUGUGUGGGACGCCAUCGUAA